CGUGUGUUGCCUCUGGAAUUGAUCCAGGUUGUGCACACGGGGAAUGCGAGAGAGUGAAAAAUAAAGUUUUUCUCCCAAAAAAGAGAGAUUAUCAUUAAAUCAUGUUGGGUUGCUGCUGGUGUUGUUCAGCACUUCGUCCAAGAUACAAACGUCUCGUUGAUAACAUUUUUCCUGUCAAUCCUCAGGAUGGAUUGGUCAAGAAUAAUAUGGAGAAGCUUACAUUCUAUUCACUGAGCAGUCCGGAAAAAUUGGAUCGAAUUGGCGAAUAUUUAUUUCAACGUGCUUCGAGAGAUAUUUACAGACGACGCAAUGGAUUCGUUAUUAUUGCAAUGGAGGCGAUGGAUCAACUAUUAGUAGCAUGUCACGCACAAACAUUAAAUUUAUUUGUCGAGAGUUUUUUGAAAAUGGUUCAAAAACUCCUCGAAUCAACGGAUCCACAAUUACAAAUUUUAGCCACACAAUCAUUUGUUAAAUUUGCCAACAUCGAAGACGACACGCCGUCUUAUCACACACGUUACGAUUUCUUUGUAUCAAAAUUCUCUGCGAUGUGCCACUCCAAUCACGAUGAUCCCGCCAUUCGCAAACAGAUACGACUCGCAGGAAUACAGGGCUUGCAGGGUGUUGUGAGAAAAACAUUGUCCGAUGAUCUUGUGGAGAAUAUUUGGGAACCAGUUCACAUGGAUAAAAUUGUUCCAUCUCUUCUUUAUAACAUGCAAAACUCGAGGUAUUUCGAAAAGCCGGAUGGAACUCCAGAGAGUCCAACGGAGGAAAGAUCGGAUCCACCUCAAUUUGCAGAGACUUGCAUGAGAGAACUGGUCGGUCGCGCUUCCUUCGGUCAUAUUCGAUGUGUCAUAAAACCCAUUCUAAGACAUUUGGAUCAUCAUCAGUUGUGGGUUCCCAACUUCUUUGCGAUUCAUACUUUCCGAAUUAUUAUGUUCUCCAUUCAGUCACAAUAUUCCUACACAGUGGUGGAGGCUUUGAUGACGCAUCUCGACGAUCAUUCACAGUCGACUCCGAAAAUACGAACAAGCAUCGCUGAUACAUUAUCGAAGAUCAUCUCAAUUGCCGCCGGUGAAAGUGUCGGUCCAUCCGUACUGGAGAUAAUUAGCUCUCUGCUCUCACAUUUACGUGUGAGCGUGACACGUAAUCAGGUCUCAUCGAGUGACGAGCAACAAUAUCAAGAGGCUUUAAUCAACGCACUCGGCGAAUUCGCCAAUCAUUUGCCCGAUUAUCAGAAAAUUGAAAUCAUGAUGUUCAUCAUGGGUAAAGUCUCGUACAAUCAAUCGGAUCGAAUUAAUUCCAUUGGCAAGGGCGAUGUUCUCCUUCAAAGUAUUCUAUUGAAAUCUCUCCUGAAAGUCGGCACCAAAUAUCAAACAAUACAUUUAAAUACAACAUUUCCGCCUAGUUUCUUGCAACCAUUACUCAGAAUGUCAUUGGCUUCCGACGCUGAAAUGCGACUUCUCGUGCAACAAAUUUUCCAUACUUUGAUCGAUCGACACCGAAAUAGUGCCAAAUUUACAAAACCCACAAUUAACAUUCUGGAGCUGGAUUUAAUGAUAGAGAAAUGCUCUCGUCCUGACGUGAUAUUCAUACGGAAGCACGGUCCGGAAAUUUAUAUGGCACUUUAUGAAUCUUUGGAAAUGACAAACAAUUCAGUGGAAAAUAUUGAAUCGAUCUACACGACCCUCGCACUAUUGGCCGUUGAAUUAGCCUCCGAGGAGACUAUUCUCGAACUCCUGAGGCUUGUUCUAAGUCUUCAAGAUCUUGCUCUCACAAGUGGACAAAUCACAAUGGCAGUCAAAUUCAAUCUUCACGCAAUCGUCAUUUCCCUUCUUGUUCUCAUUUCCUACGUUUGUAAUAUUUCAUCUCUCAUGGAUUAUGCCUCAAAGGUGGUCGAUGAAAGAUUGAAGGAAGCGAUAUACUUACUGCCGGAUUUACGUUCUCAAUACGACAUCAAUUUACCGUCGCGAAUUCCUCCAGCUUUGCUUGUGGAUCAAACGGUCGUGAGCGAAUGUCUCAAGGGCUUGGGUCUUGAAACGGGAAAGCUUCAUCAGGGCUCCGGAUAUAGCGGAAGUUCCAUGCAACACAGACAUUCCUGGGUCGAUAGCGCUGGCAGAAAUUCAUUGGCGGACAUCAACAAUGGCACAAACGAAGUCGACAGCGGUGGUUCUUCUCCUGGCGUUCAAAAGAAAUUACCAGGGGAGGAAUUAACUUUCGAGAAUAUGAAACGAAUUUUAACGGAGAAUAAUAAUAAUAAUCAAAUUGUCGAGGAAGAAAAGCGUGUGCAAAUCUCGCAGCUAUUUCAAAGUGCACCCUUUGAAGAUCUAGUCAAUAAAACACAACCGAAGAACGAUGCCUUACAGAACAAACUUUCCGAGAUAUUUAACACUUUAACAAUUGAGCCGAAAAUUCCCAUAACACAAGGUACAACACCAUCGGAUUCCAAGCCGACACAACUCCCUGCGUAUGAAAUUCAUUUUCCCGAAUUAUUUGUCUAUUAAAAAUUCUUUAUACAAUUGUUUAUUAAAUUUCAAAGAAAUUCUUUUAAAAAUUUUCGUCACAAAUUGUGAUGAAUUGACAAAAAAUAAAUAUAUAUUUAUUUAUUAUUUCGAUCAUGUCAAAACAUAUAUACCUAUAUAUAAAAAAUUAUGAAAUGACAAAUGUAUUGUAAAUAUAAUUCUUUUAGUUCAAUGUAAAGUAUUUACAUUCGUUUAUUUAUUUUGUUAUUUGUUAAGGAAUGAUGAAAAAAACUUGUUAAAUACUGUUACAAAAACAAAGUGUUGCGUAAGAAAAUGUAUAAAUAAUAUUGUUCUUCUUUAAGGUGUUGUUUAAUUCUAAGAAUGUUAAUAUAAGUACAAGAGUAACGAUAUUUAUCACAAAUUUGUGAUAAGUAUUAUUAUUUAUUCACAUUAUUAGAAUGUUCACAAAAGUCGAAAAUUUCUUUUUAAUAAAUGGUAUUUUUCUUAAAUA